AUGAGGACCAGCCAGUCCCAACAUUCAGAGGCCUCCAGGGCCCUCCUCCUGGAGAAACCAGUGCAGGUGCCCUCCACUGGCCUACAGAUCAGCAAAGGCCAAUCUUCCAUCCAGAACGCUCAAGGACAAAUCUCAAACCUACAGUUGCCCUGCCAUAAGCCCUCAUCUCAACUGGGGUCCAGCUGUGGCAUAGAAUUGUUCCAGCAGCCCCGGAAAGACACUUGUAGUGACCAGAGAAAAGGCAGCAGAUGCUCAAGCAUUGUGAAGAGCAAGGGCCAGGACAGUAACUUCAGUGGACGAAGCAGUGGAUAUGAAGGCGAUGAAGAGAACAGCAAUGCCAAUCUAAUGGAGCUCAACACCAGAAAAAAAUCCAGCAAAAUCCACACCACCUCCCUUCUAGCCACCUCCUCCCUAGAUCUCUACAAGAAGCGGCCUCUGAGCCCUACUGUGAAGGCCAAACACGCUGGAGCCAGAAAGUGA